UGGUGAAGACGUCAUUGAGGCUGGUGAGGAUGUACUGCGACGCCAGCCACCAGAUCGCCGGGGGGUCCAGGAGGCGUUCUCCGCCGAGCCUAGUUCUGUCUUUCGGCAACCAGAUUUCGGCUACCGAUUUCCCCCAAUGCCGCUGUCUCACCCCAAUAAAGCUUCCCCGACUUCUGGGCUUGCUUCAUCGGGACUGGUUUCAUGCAGUUUCUGCUUAUUCUGAAACACAGGAAAAAUAUGGGAAGAAGAAGAAGAAGACAGAGCAGCUAAAGCCUCUUCCGGGUGCCUCUAUUGUUGAUGUUGGAGUUCAAUUUGAGUUCGGAGAUAGAAUCUCUAAAACUUGCGGUGCGAAGGGUGAACGUCAGAUUGGGAGUGCUCUUAAUCACUUCUGUAAUCCAUUGAAGCUGACGGUCCUCGUUCUACAACAGGGAGUUUUGGACUUGCAGGGAUUUUACUGCGGUGCGGAGGUAGAUAAGUCCAAAGCCAGCGGUGCGGAUACGCUCUUGGGAUUUUACUGGAUUUGGUGAAGUUGAAGACGAGGAAGAAGACGAAAUGAACAAUACAAAGGAGCAGAGAAGUUGAGAGCUCAAGAUAAGAGACAAGCGUAGGAAGACCAAAAUGACCCUGGAAUACACGGCAACUUGACGAAAAUAUUGACAGUGGACUAAAAUUGGAACACGUUAAAUAAUAGUGGUCGCAAUGUGGCAAAAAUAAGUAAGGCGGACUAAAAUUAGAAACGUUCCUAUAACAAUAGGACCAAAAAUGGAUUUCACUCAAGUUAUGCUCUAGGUCAAAUCUGUCUUGUAACCUUAAAGAAUCAUAAGUAAAUUAACUGACUAGUUUAAAUUAAGAAAGUCAUUAGGAAGCUCUCACAUGGAGUCAGCCUUAAAAACUUAUAAUUACCAAGCUAAUUAUCUUGUUAAUUCGACUAUGCUAAGCUAGUGCUUUUUUUAGUGUCCCAUUGUUAAAUUAAAAAA